AUGGAGUUUUCAAUUUAUCUCUCGGCUUUCUGUGGCGUCUAUACUCGUCCAAACUCCCAUACGAUGGGUACAGAGAACGAGAGCGGCAAGAUCGGCCUAGUUCGUCAAAGAAACAAGCAAGUCGCGAACGCGACACGAGAGGCAACGCCAGAACCUGAGGGUGGUGUCGACAAAGAGGCGACUGCAGUAUCGUCAGUUGUUCUUGUUGUGAGGGGUGUUAACACAGAUUCGUGUACUACGCCUGGAAUACAACCAGUGUGGAGCAACCUUGAUGUCAUCGGAAUAGAAAACCAACAAGUUUAA